AAGAGAUAAUAGUGAAUGAUAAUGAAUUACAAGAGUUUGAAGAUAAAAGAUUGGAAGAAAUAAUUGUGAAUGAUAAUGAAUCACAAGAGUUUGAAGAUGAAAGUAUGAUGUUUAAACUUAGUAAUAUAGAUGAAAGUAAAGAGGAAAAUAGUACAGUGUUUGAACUUAAACAUUUAGACAAAUAUCAAGCAAAAAAAAAAGCAGAUAAUGAAGAUAUUCGUGAAUAUAAGAGUGUAAAGAUAGAUUGCCAAUUAAAAGUCAAUCUUAAUUUAUCUGGUGGUGCU